AUGCUACAAAUAAUACUGGACUUUCAGAUUUAUCAAUAUCAAAUUAUCGUUGAAGAAGGCAGGAAGAAGAAUCGGAAAAUUGUCAAGAAUAGGUCAUUGAUUCGUCAUUACUUCUGGAAAUGUGUGAUCGAGAACAGAGGGGUGUUUGGACCUCACUUCCAAAUCGUGUUUGAUGACGCUCAAAAUGCAUACUCUCUGCAAAGGUGGAAAUUCAAUGGAAAGAAGAAGAGAUGGUUUGAAAUCAGGGAAGGACGGACGAUUGGUGUUGUCACAGCAACUGAAGACACGUUAUUCCCAUUUGACCUGGCAUCAGAUGAGGUGGCCCACAGAACUUUGUCGACACUUCUAGCUAAUAUUUUAUUCACCCAACGAACACGAUACGCUCCGGCCGUUGCUAAUGAUAACGAAAGGUUGGUCUAA